UUUAGCGAUCUAGCAUAGUUCAAAAAGCACGUAAUAUAUAAUUUUCAUAUAAGUAAUCAAUUUAAAUCAUGUGAUUACGAACAGACAAAUAUUAAUCCAAGUUUCGUAUUGUUAAAUUUUAAGCGUACGUUAGAAUAAAUGAGAGUUUUAUCCUAUAAUUUUAUGGUGCUGUAUGAUGUGAUAUUUAUAUUGUUAAUAUAUUCUGUUCUGCAAGCUGCUUGUAUGUGUACGCUGGACGAGUUUGUGUUAUGAUCCAAAAAUGUGGAAGCUUUUUUGGGCCGAUGAGAGCCUUUGAGCGAUGACCUCGACCCUGAGCCAUGCCUCGGAUACGGUACGCUUCCUUCCUGCGUGUAGUCGUGAUAGCUGGACUCUUCUGUGUGUGGUUUCAUAUCAUGUUGGCGGCGACCAACGGGGCCAUGGACAAAGACGCUGAAUAUAUCACAGCGAUAAACACAGGGAACCUCACUGUAAUGGACCCGCCGUUAUCAGAGGAGUUGAUGAAUUCCAACGACACCUCCGAGCAGGUCCUCGCGUUGGUGCCCCCGGAGCUACACAAGUAUCUCACCGUCCAUUCAAAAAAUACUACUGGUAACUCAACAGAGCGCUACGGCCCAAAGAACAUAACGGAGAUGCGGAGAGCCAUAGACAGGAUGAACGACGCGCAGACGAUAUACAACGAAGAUAUAUUUGGACCGGUACAAAACGACACCAUCAUCAUAGCGAUACAGGUUCACACCAGACUAACUUACCUCAGACAUCUCAUCGUAUCGUUGGCCCAGGCCCGUGAUAUCGACAAGGCGCUCCUUAUCUUCUCCCACGACUAUUACGACGAGGAGAUCAACAGUCUAGUGAGAAGUAUCGACUUCACUAAGGUGAUGCAGAUAUUUUAUCCGCACUCAAUACAGACACAUCCCAACGAGUUCCCCGGGAUAGACCCCAACGACUGUCCCCGGGACGCGAAGCUGCAACAAGCAAUAAAGCUGAGAUGCAACAACGCGCUGCACCCGGACCUCCACGGACAUUACCGCGAGGCGAAGUACACGCAGACGAAACACCACUGGUGGUGGAAGGCGAACAGGAUAUUCAAUCAGCUGCAAUGUACGGCUGGUCACACAGGUAUGGUGGUGUUCCUCGAGGAGGACCAUUACGUGGCGGAAGACUUCAUCCACAUGAUACAUCUCCUGAUAGCCACCAGGGAUAAGGCCUGUCCGCAUUGUGAGAUACUCUGCCUGGGGACGUACCUCAAAACCUACCAGUACCACAGUACCGCGGAUAAGAGAAAGAAGCAAAUAGCGCUGAGUUACAUACAGCAGGUGAGGGCCGUCAGUGAGGAGAGGAGAAGGCGCCAGGAGAACUGGAACUACCAGGUGUAUCCCAACCUUUACGGGAGCACCCAGAAGGUGGAAAUAACGCCCUGGCAUUCCAGCAUGCACAACAUGGGGUUCGCGUUCAACAGGAGCGUGUUCCAGGACAUCGUGUCCCUCCACGAGCAGUUCUGUGACUACGACGACUACAACUGGGACUACUCGCUGCUGCACCUCUCCCAGAACCGGCCGGGGAGGGACAAGUUCAAGGUCAUACUGUGCAAGGGCCCGCGGGUCUUCCAUAUAGGGGAGUGCGGCAUCCACCACAAGAAGUCCAACUGCAACGCGUCCGUGGUGAUCGGGAAAGUGCAGAAGCUGCUGCUGGAGGCCAGGCCGCACCUGUUCCCCGCCAGGGUCACCGCCACCAUCAGCUCGGGCGGGGCCAAGCACAACAAGAAACUCACCAAGGGGAAUGGCGGCUGGGGGGACCUCAGAGACCGCGAGCUCUGCUCCAACAUGACGAGGGUCGGCAGACAGAUGAAGAAGUACUUUUAUGCGUAACCAAAUAUAUAUAAGCCGUCCCUCUCGCACACUGGGCGUCAGAGCGAGACGGGUGUAUCGUACUUAACACACGCGCGCACACUUACACUAUAUCGCUGUCCCUUUCACACAUCCGUUGUUCCUCUCACUCACUCAGAUGUUUCUAAGCGGCCUUCGUUUUGAUCUUUACAGUUUUUUUUUCUCUUAAAUCCACGCUGCAUUUAUUCUAUAACAUCUUGUUUGCUCAUCAUCGUACCAGCCUUCGUUACAGUUCAGUUUCCUAUAUAUUCUAUAUAUAUAUGAUUAUUUUGUUAAACAAAUUGCCAAAGACGGAACAUUUAUGAAUAUUAACUUAAACCAAGGGUGCUGACAUUGACAGAAUAAUAUACAGAGGAAUACAAAGAGGUUUUACGUCAAGUGAUAGGUUAAGGCAGGUUGUUAAUAUUAUUCAAACUCAGAUUAUUGUUUACACAGAUAUAAUAACUAGAAGUUAGUAACGUUAACACACACAAACACAAACACACACACACACACACACACACACACACACACACACACACACACACACACACACACACACACACACACACUCACAAACACAGACACAAACACACACACAAACACACAACAUACUCACACACAAACACACACAUUUAUAUAUAUAUAUAAUUAAUUUCUGACAAAAGAAUAAAAUUUAAGUUGAGAUCUAAGAUUUUCGCGAGUAUUCAUUAAACAUGUAAGUUUCUUUGUCCGUGUCUUUGUAUUCUCUCCAUCAGUUCAGUCUUAAGUCAUUGAAGGCCUUGUUUAUAUAUUACUUAUUUAUUUUUAAAUCAUUUCUGUAUUUUCCUCGUUCGACUGCAGUCCCGUACAGUAUUAUCGUGAAAUAAAAAAUUAUAAAAAACAAAAAAAUUGCACAAAUUUCUCUCCGCGGAGAGCUAAGGUUAAGUGAUCGUCUGUAAGUCCUGGUCUCGCUGCCGCGCGGCGCCCGGCCGGUCCGCGCCCGGGCAGGUUCCUAGUCAGUGCAGAGUGUUGUAACAAACGCGACCUGUUUUGUUUUUAUUUGAAAUAAAUAUUACGAUUUUAUGAA